UGGUUGUUUACAUUUUGCAUUUCGGUGUUUUGUCGCCCUUGAAUUCCAUUUGCAAUUAACAAAAAAUUGUAUAUAAUAAACAAAAUGCGUUAUUAUUACUUAGUAAUAGUUAUGGCAUUGCUUCCUUUGACAAUGGCCAAAAAAUCUAAAGAGAAACCAGAGUGGGCCAAGAAAGAUAUACGGGAUUUUUCUGAUGCAGAUAUGGAACGACUUUUAGAUCAAUGGGAGGAAGAUGAGGAGCCCUUGGAACCUGAUGAGUUGCCGGAACACUUGCGCCCUCAGCCUCAAUUGGAUCUCUCUAAAUUGAAUACCGCAAAUCCUGAAGAACUGCUAAAAGCUUCCAAAAAGGGCCGGACCCUUAUGACAUUUGUAUCGGUGGAUGGUAAUCCCACACGUGAGGAAGCUGAGACCAUCACCAAGUUGUGGCAAACUAGUCUAUGGAAUAAUCACAUACAAGCCGAACGUUACAUGGUGGACGAUGAUCGGGCCAUAUUCCUAUUCAAAGAUGGAGCCCAAGCUUGGGAGGCCAAAGAUUAUUUGGUGCAACAAGAACGUUGUAAGGGUGUGACAAUUGAGAAUAAGGAAUAUCCGGGAACCUUUGUCAAGAAGGAUGAACUGUAGUUGAACUACUAAAAAAUACCCAUUUGAUAUCUCAUACAAAUUAUACAGCAAAUUACUACAGCAUUUUCUUUAGUUGUUAACAUUUUUGUAAGAAUUCAAAUUAUUUUGUAAAGAAAAUAAGAACAAAUAGUUGUAGAAAAAAUUAUGAAAUA